AUGCCCCAGCCCUCCCCAAUCGCCAUCCCCUCGCACUCACUCAAUCUGUCCUCAGACGACUUCAAAGGCGACUCCAAGACUGGUGAUCCACCACCUCCUCCUCUCGAACAAGAAUCAGUCCAGACGCUGACUAGGGAGGACGUAGCUGUCAAACUCAUGGAUGAGCUUGAGAAAGAUAAAGGAGGUGGAUCGUCGAAAGUCUGGGAUGAUCGAGAGAAUGCUGUCAACGAGGUGAAUGUGGAUGUGGAUGAAGAAGAUCAUGUUGAUGGCUCACUUUCUCCCACUGGAGAGGUAUCGAUGAUCGACAAGCAAGAUGAUGAAAGAGUAGAUAAAUCACCUGUGGCUUUUGAGGGACAGAACGUAUCCACACCACUCUUUUCGGAUGAUAAACAAGAUUAUAUCUCACCUGCAAUACUUCUUUCAACAGAUAGAAGGGAAGCAAACGAAGAUCCAGCACCGACAUCAGAGGUCAUUGACGAUGAAAGGACCGCUCCUGCUGGUCCCGCAAGAUACCCCAUAGCCAAUCGACGUCCUAAAGGUUGGAUAUCUUCCCUUAAUCAUCCUCGAGCAAUAUCCAACCUUACCGACCAACAGAUCGCUCUCACUCCUCCAAGAUCAAGUUCUACCUCUGACUUACCCAAGGCUGAAAACAGAGCGAGAGUAUCUUCAGUUCAUAUUCAUCAACAGCAACGGGCAGGAACGAGGAGAAUAUCAGGUACUAUGCAAUAUGCUUUUACUCAGCCUCAGUCUCAACGUGCUUCUCGAGAAAGACCACUUCACAACGAAGAACAAUCUGAAGAUCAAGAUCAAGCAGGGAAUGGUGACGGUGAUAUCUCAAUCGUUGAUGAUGACCAGGAAGAGGGAGAAGACGUAGUCGAACAAUUGUCGCCCGAAGACGAAGCCAGAAUAAGGUACCAAGUUGGUUUAUCCCAGGAUCAAGAUGAAAUUUGGAUAGAAUAUGUCAGAAAUCAAUUAUCAAGUUUGUUUCCUGAUUUCUUUGGAGCGGAUCCUGGUCAACUCCAAGCUCAGAUGGGAGAGGCAACAUAUCUUGGACACGGAUACCAACAAGAAGCGGAAUCUGGAGUCUACCAAGAAUCGCAACAGGAAGGAGCAAUGGAAGGAGAUGGAGAAGGUGGGGAACAAAUGACGAUGGAAGAUGGUGUCGAGAGAAUUGGAUCACCGUUAUUUCCCCCAGAAGAUGCUACUUCAAGAAUAAAUGGACGAAGCGAGCCGGUAUCAAGUAUCGAUUCGCUAUCAUCUCGACGUAUGUCAACCUCACGAAAUGUUCAUGAUGUAUACUCGACACCGGCCAACGAUCGAAGUUUCAUCAGUAACGGUUCAUCGACGGAUUUUUCGUCCCUUCCUACGCCGCCCAUGAGAUCGAACGCGGAAAUGUUAAGAGGGAAUGUGACGAUACCGAAUGUAAGGGAUGAAAUCAGUGGAUUGAGGGAAGAGAUCGAGAGGUUGAGGAGUGUCGUAGGUGGAUUGGCUCAAGAGUUGGGUGGUGGUAGUGGUGGCCAAAACAGAGAACAACAGAAUCAAGAAGUGGUGAGGGAAAACGAGAUUGACGGAGGUAUCGUAAAUGCUGAGUCGCAGGUGGAGGGUGGAUUAGAUAAGGAGCAGAGUCAUGGACCCGAUGCUGCGAUAGUGCAGGAGGCAGAGGGAGUUGAGAGUGUGAGGGUGAAGGAAGAAGAUGAUCAAACACGAAAAAAUGAGUCUCAAUUGGAGGAAGAGAAUCCAGAGACGGAGAAGGAGGAGCAAGUACCAGAGGCUUUCUUGAAAACCGCCAACAUCUCAUCUGAGAUCAUCCAUCUUCUUGAUUCGCAGAUCAGAAAGUCAGCUAAGAGAGAUGCUGAGGUCGGCGAUACUCGAUCUGAUGAAGAGGUGUUCAGUAUUGCCAAUCUUGAAAGGGUAAUGAGAUACGUGAAAGGUCUUGGUCCGAGCUGA